CUUUCCAGCUAAAUAUUCCAUGGAACUAUCUGCUGUUAUUUAUAAGAACUGGGCUUUCACAGACCAGGCGCUUCCUACUGAUCUGCUCAACAGAGGAAUGGCAGUUCCAGACUCAAGCCAGCCGCAUGGACUCAGACUGCUAAUAGAGGAUUAUCCCUAUGCAGUUGAUGGGCUUGAAAUCUGGUCUGCAAUCAAAAGCUGGGUCACAGAGUAUUGCUCUUUCUAUUAUCCUGUGGAUGACAUGGUCAAAAGUGACCCUGAACUCCAAUCCUGGUGGACAGAGCUACGUGAUGUGGGCCAUGGUGACAAGAAAGAUGAACCAUGGUGGCCUAAGAUGCAGACGAGAGAUGAACUCGUCCAAACCUGCAACAUUAUCAUAUGGGUGGCUUCUGCUCUACAUGCAGCUGUCAAUUUUGGGCAAUAUCCUUAUGCUGGCUACCUUCCAAACCGUCCAACCAUAAGCCGUCGUUUCAUGCUUGAGCCAGGCACUCCCGAGUAUGCUGAGCUUGCGUCAAAUCCUGAAAGGGCCUUCCUGAAAACAAUCACAAGUCAAUUCCAAUCACUAUUGGGUGUGGCUCUGAUAGAGAUUUUGUCCCGGCAUUCUUCAGAUGAGAUCUAUCUUGGGCAGAGAGACACUCCUGAAUGGACUUCUGAAGCUCAACCACGAGAGGCAUUUGAGCGAUUUGGAAGAAAUCUGGUAGAAAUCGAAGGUAGAAUAUUGGAUAGAAACAUGGACGAGAGAUGGAAGAACAGAGUCGGGCCUGUCAAAGUGCCUUACACCUUGCUCUAUCCUAGCACAUCAGAUACCAGUAAAGUUGGAGGACUUACCGGCAAGGGAAUUCCGAACAGUGUCUCAAUAUGAAGCUAUAAAAUGAAAUGGUUAGAGAGUAUUUUGAGGCCGUGAAAAUUGGAGAAUGUUGUACCACACAAGAAAAAGACUACCAACUGGGUUUUUGUAUCCUCCAGUUUUAAAUUUAUUUUCCAAAAUCAUACUAGAGGCAGCUAUAGAUGCAGACAUGUUCCCCAAUUAAACAAGUGGAAUAAAUGAUGG